AUGUUACCCUCCCUAUCCCGGUUGGCCCUAGCCGCCAGCCUUCUCCCUGCAACACUCGCUCAGAUUCAGGUCAGAAGUGAUGCUAAUCCUGAGGCGGCCGUGACGAACCUCUCCCAAUUGGACUUCUCGGAUGCUGCCUCUCCUCAAACUAUCAACUUUGGUGGCCUGACUCUGGGCUGCAAAUGCAUUCCCGGCGAUCCUUGCUGGCCGUCAGCAAACAAAUGGAAUGCUCUGAAUGCCACAGUUGGAGGACGGUUGCAGGUGCAUAUUCCUCCCGGCGCUGUCUGCCACAACACCUUCCAGGGUCCUCUUGGAACAAUCAACACAUAUAAUGCAACUGCCUGCGCCGAGGUUCUCCAGAAGUUCUCGGAUCAAUUCUGGACGACGGAGCAGCCGGGUGCCAACCUGUGGACAUACUUCACCAACGACACGUGCCGACCGACAACGAACCCGAGCGAACCAUGUACUCUCGGUCACUACGGCGUGUACAUCCUGAUGGCCACUCAGCCAGACCAUGUCAAGGCCGGAAUCGACUUCGCCCGCAAGAACAAUGUACGCCUCAUAAUUCGCAAUACUGGCCACGAUUUCAUUGGACGCAGCACUGGCCAUGGCGCUCUCAUCAUCAACAUGCACGCUUUUAACUCAAUUGAGUGGAUUAACUCGUACAGUGGACCUGGGUCUUAUAAUGGUCCUGCUGUCAAGCUCGGCGCUGGUGUGCAGGCAAGAAAUGUCCUUGCCCAAGGUCACGCCCGCAACCCUCCUGUGGUUGUCGUGACUGGCGAGUGCCCGAGUGUUGGAAUUGCUGGCGGAUUCGUCCAAGGUGGCGCUGCCGAUAAUGUCCUGGCUUUCGAAGCCAUCACUGCCUCUGGUCACUAUGUGACGGCCAACCAGUACCAGAAUGCCGACCUCUUCUGGGCUCUGAAGGGAGGUGGUCCUUCAACCUACGCAGUCAUCCUUUCUGUCACGAUGAAGACGUUCCCCGAUAUCGCGUCGUCCGGUGCUGAACUGUACAUCAAUACCACGCACACAUUUGACGAUAACGUGAUCUGGAACGGCGUCAAAAUCUUCCACAAGUGGUCCAACCACUUUGUUGACAAUGGCCUCUAUGUGUAUUUUGAAAUUUGGCCCUUCACAUUCCGCGUCAGACCCUUCGUCGGGAUUGGCAAGACUGCGGCCCAGCUGCAGGCCAUCCUCCAACCCAUGCUGGAUGAGCUCAACUCAGCAGGCAUCCCGUUCGACUUUGACAUCAAGAGCUAUCCCACCUUCUACGAGCUGUAUAUCGAUCUCUUCGAGGGUGAGGAGUCGGGCCAGUCGGCGCUCACCGGAGGCUGGAUGUUCAACCACGCUGACGUUGCCAACAACAAUGACGGCAUCAUCGACGCCUUCAAGACCGUCCUUGCUCCUCGGUCUGAUCUCUGGGGUGGUAUCAUCGGCCACCUGUUCAAUCCUGGUCAUGGUAUGCCACAGAGCAAUAGUGCGACACAUCCGGCGUGGCGCAAUGCAACGGAUUUCGUUAUCAGUGUCCUUCCAGUUCCUAUUGGUGCCUCUCUUGCUGAGAAGGCUGAUCUGCAGAACGUCCUCACCAACACCAUGGACGCGGCGCUGCGCUCAGCAAGCACAAGCGGUUGCACCUACAUUCACGAGUCUGAUCCUUACCAGCCGAACUGGCAGAGCCACUUCUGGGGCUCAAACUACCCCCUCCUCAAGGCUCUGCGGUUUAAGUGGGAUCCUCUUGGCGUCUUUUAUGCUGUAUCCACGCCAGGCACUGAGCAUUGGCAGGUGAUCGAUUAUGGGAAGAGGUUCUUCACACAGGUCCCAAUCUUCUAUGUUUUUCAUUUAAUGGAAUGCGAUAUCUUUUAUCGUGAUCAUCCUCCUUAUGAUGGCCUUGGAGACCGUUGUAGCCGUAAUGAGAUCGCUGCCGGGACUGCCACCCAGUACUCCAUCCUCGGCAUGACUACCACACUCUGCGGCACGAUCAACUUAUUUGUUGCCGGAUGGAUGGCCAAACGAUAUGGACCACGCAUGGCACUGAUGAUGCAGACUUUUGUGCCUUCCAUUCGUGUUGCCACUCAGAUUGUCGGUGUGUUGGCUGGCGGCGAGGCCGGCAUUAUCAUUUUCCAAUGCACCCAGCUCAUCACUAUCAUUGGUGGUCCCGUCGGAUACAUCCUGGUUGCCAAUAUCAUUGCGGGAGAACUCGUUGUCCCUGCCCGUAGGACCGCUGUGUUUGGAAUGCUCCAGGGCUGCAUUAUGUUAGGACAGGGAAUUGGCUAUCUGACUGGAGGAAUGAUUGGCGAUUACUUGGGCAUCCGUCGGCCAUUCGAAGUUGCCUCCUGCUCGUUCCUUCUGUCGACCAUUUAUGUCCGCGUGGCUUUACCUUUCAUUGCACCAGAAACUAUCUCCAGCGAUAAAUCUAGUUCAAAAGGCCUCUCAGCAUUCUUCUCACCACUUCGCUUGCUUACCUCUCAGAAGGUGUGUAUUGGGACCGUAGUCCGUAACCAUUACGGCAUCCUCUUCCUCUGCACGGGUGUCUUCCUCGGUGUGUUGGCUACUGGAUAUGCGCCACUUUUGAUCCAGAUGUAUGCGACAGCCGUAUUUGAGUUCCAGCAAAACGAGAAUGGUUGGCUCAUGUCCGGGUUCGCAUUUAUGCGGGCGGCUUUUCUGAUUUUCUUGUUCCCUAGUAUCAUACGUCACGGCCGUAAGUGGUAUCUGUCCCGCUCGUCGCAGUUUAAUGAGCGUAAGAGCGAAGAGGCUGUGGCGUCAAAGAUGAGGAUAGCACCCGAAGAAAUGGAAGCACCAAUCGCGAGUCUCGCCGAAGAAGAACCUCUUGUACCUGAAGUUGAUAAAGAGGAUGAGGGAACUGCCUUUGACCUCUUCUUCUUGCGCAUUAGCCUCGUACUCGAUGGUGCCCUAACCAUGGGAGCUGCCUUUGCUACAAAAGGAUGGCAUCUCUACCUCGCGUCGGUAUUGCUACCGUUGGCAUCGGGAUCCGCGCCAGCUGCGAAAGGCGUUAUGACCGAAAUGUCUCCAGCGUCGAAAAGGGCUGAUGCUCUCAAUGCCUUAACAUUGACGGAAAAUAUCGCAAGACUGGCCACCCAAGGAUUGUUCGGGUUUAUUUUCGCUGCUCUCGCCACCAUCGGAAAACCUCACCUGACGUUUUUUGUUAACGCAGCGAUUGCGUUUCUAGCAGCUCUUGUUUUGUUGUUGGCUCAUUUCCCUCCAGAGGGUAGCAAGAUCUUAGAGUCAGAUGGUUGUGAGGAAGGUUGA